AAAGAAAAACUUCACCUCCACCUCAAAGUUAGAUCCCAAACACCAUCAUGCAAUAUACAGGAAGUUGGCCUAUGUUCCUUGUUCCUCUUCUGUCUUUCCUGCUUCAUUACAACCCCUUACUGGCUUUUUCACUGAAAAACUGCACGAUUGACUACUCUGAAGAUGCAAAUAAGCUGUCAGUUACAUGUGAACAGCGCAGCCUCACUGCUAUUCCCGACGACAUUCCCAGAAAUGCAUCAUCACUGGAUCUCAGCUCAAACAGCAUUUCAAAGAUCACCGGGACAGAUUUUAAAUAUUUACCAAAGCUCAUCUAUGCAGGUUUGGAAUUUAAUUUGAUUUCGCACAUUGAUGAUGGAGCUUUUGCAGACUUGGAGAAGUUAAAGGUCCUCUUCCUGUUCAACAAUAAUCUUACAAAAGUGACAGACAACAUGUUUCAAGGACUGUCCGAACUAGUAAUGCUAUCUCUGGAGAGUAACCGUAUCAGUUAUAUCUCCCCUGUGGCCUUUCAGUCCCUGGUCAGCUUAGAGGAAUUAGAUCUGGGCUCUAAUUACCUACAACAAAUCACAGAUGUUGCUCCCAUCUUUAAAUUACCAACUUUAAAUGAGUUGUGUCUUCGGAACAACAACUUCACCUAUUUUCAAUCAGAUGACCUGACUUUAAACGUCUCAAACAUAAAGACCCUGUCGCUGACUAUGAACCCUUUGAGAAAAUUCUGUCUUACAAAAGACGUCUUUCCUCAUUUGUGGUUUCUCGACUUGAGUAAGUGUAGCAGCGACAUUGAAUGGGACGUAUCAAACAAGACCUUUCUGAGAAACCUAACUAGUUUGUACCUAGGUGGAAGUUAUAUUAGCUUUGAGUCGUACCGCGCAGCGCUGCAGACCACUGACUCGCUACAAGAACUUUUUCUGACAUCGAUGAAGGCGAGGAUAGAUGAAGGUCUCAUAGAUGUCGCCUGCCAAAUUUCUUCACUACGAACUCUUGAUUUAGGGUUUAACCACAUUGUCAGCAUAGACGACAACCUGCUGCAGUCUUGUUCUCAGAUCACUGACCUCAGUUUAUUUUCCACCGAUCUGUCCAACAUGUCAGAGCAUUCACUCAGAUCGAUUUCACAGCUCAGGGAUCUGGUUUUGGGCGAUAACCAACUGUUCAAAGUGCCCCUCGCAAUCAGAGGACUCUCCACACUGGAAACCUUGGAUCUGAGCUCCAACUACAUCACUGAACUCGACUGCAACGCUUUCCUGAAUUUGACAAGAUUAACAAGGCUUAAUCUCAAUCACAAUCUCAUUUCAAAAAUUAAAGGAUGUGUUUUUCAAAACUUAAAUGAUUUGAAAGAACUUAAUAUUGGAGAAAAUGCUGUUUUUACUUUUGACAAUACCUUCAAGGUUGGCUUGCAGAAACUAGAAUCUUUGAAUUUACACAAUAAUGCUCUCUUACAGCUCAUGCCAGAAGACUUUAGCAACCUGUCCUCCCUCCGUUCUUUGGAUUUAGGAGCAGACACAUGUUACGAUGUGUAUGAUGGGGCUUUCCAAGUACUCAAUAAUCUUCAAACUCUUAGUAUUACACUCGGAAAUUACAGAAAAGAGAUGUUCAUAGGACUCGCACAGUUAGAGUAUCUGACAUUACAUUAUAGCUGGAAACCGAUAAGUUCUCAACAAAAUGAUUAUUCACCUUUCUUAAAUUUACCUAACUUGAAGAAGCUUAUACUCAAAGAUCACAACACAUUUGUUGUUCAGGACAUUACACAAGAUCUGCUCAAGGGCCUGAAAUCUUUAGAGAUCUUAACUUCUGACAAUUUCUUCAGGAAGUCAUUGCACGCAGACACAUUUAAACACACUCCCCGACUGAAGGUUCUUCAGAUAAUAAACAGCGAUCUGUCACAUUUAACGCCUGAACAGUUCUGGCAAAUUCCAAACUUGCAGAAACUCGAUCUCUCCAACAAUAAAUUGAGAUAUUUGGAUUUCCUCGGCGGGGCGAACCUGCUGACCCUCAGAUGGCUAAAACUCAAGGGGAAUGAGUUGUCGGUCAUCAAUGAAACGGCCCUCCAAUGCCUCCCUGCAUUGACGUACCUGGACCUGAAUAACAACCCUUUAACGUGUGAAUGCUCCAACGUUGGCUUCAGCCAAUGGGUGCAAAGCAACAACCAGACGCAGGUAGUUAAUGGCCACCAGUAUACUUGUGCCUUUCCUGUGAGCCAACAGGGGAACAAGUUCCUGGACUUUGAUACUAGCUCCUGUUGGAUAGACCCUGGCUUCUUCUGCUUCGUAUUCAGCACUUGUCUGAUUCUGUUUACUCUCCUCGCAUCCUUCAUUUACCAUUUCCUGAGGUGGCACCUUGCCUAUGCCUACUACCUCUUUCUGGCCUUCGUCUACGAUAAGAGGAGGGGAAGGAAGGGCUCUCCUCACCACUACGAUGCUUUUGUCUCCUACAACGUGUAUGAUGAAGCCUGGGUCUACGAAGAGAUGCUUCCAGUGCUGGAGGGGGAGCAAGGAUGGAGACUCUGUCUGCACCACAGAGACUUCGAACCAGGUAAGCCCAUCAUAGAAAACAUUACAGACGCCAUCUACGGCAGCAGGAAGACCAUCUGUGUGAUCAGCCGACACUACCUGCAGAGCGAGUGGUGCUCCAGAGAGAUCCAGAUGGCCAGCUACCGUCUGUUUGACGAGCAGGACGAUGUGCUGAUCCUUCUGUUUAUGGAGGACAUCCCAGCCUGUGAGCUGUCUCUGUACUACCGAAUGAGGAGUCUGGUGAAGAGACGCACCUACCUGAGCUGGCCACAAGCUGGUCAACACAAGGGAGUCUUCUGGGAGAACAUACGGCGAGCUCUGAUUACACCUGGAAGUCCCACGGACAACCCAACCAGGGGGUUCUUUCAGAACCAGGCAUGA